AUGAUCAGCAAUCAAAGCAGCCAACAGAUCCUGUUGCUGCUGGACGGCUUUGCCACAGAUGUUGCCGUUCCACGGCUCGCUAUGUCGUACUCCACAGGGUGCAUUGUUGCGCGCGAGUCGUCGGGAAGGGGCGAGCAGACGGAAAACAAAACUGUGCGGUGUCUUUAUGGGGACCUAGACCGCCGUUGCGUGGUGGCGUUUGAUGACCGUCAGAACAUCUGGACUGAUCUUCCGGUGUCGCACGUGGUGAAGGCGCAGCACUACGAUUUCUUUGAUUCGUCGAGGCCUGAACUAUUAGCCCACUACCCCCCCCUGCCGUUAGAGGAGACUUUAGCUGCAAUAGCUGAAAACCCUCGACAACGGGCUACUGCAUUAGAACGCCCUUCGCCGGUGCCCGCUGCUGCCGUGAAUCAUUUAUCUAGACCUUACGACUGGGAUAGGCACAUGCAGCACAUGAUAAAUAUCUUUUUAAAGGUCCACCAGGAGUUCUUCAAAGACCCUUGGAACGCAAACGUGGGAACAAUUAUAAGCGGGUUUCAGUCGCAAGCGUUGGCCGGUGUAGGCUUGUUCCUUACUGGAUACAGGAAGUCAUUUGCACCGGGCAGCCCUGUAGCUGAUUGUGAGGAAAGACAAGCAGAACUGGCUCAACGCCUCGGCGCUACAGUGUAUAGACGUUUCGACGAGCCAGGCGUGACACACGUCAUGGCAGGGAAAAGCAACACAAAUAAUAUGCUUGCUCUCAAGGAGAGGUCUUUUCAGCACUUGAAAAAGGUGCACACAUUGUGGCUGUUCGCCUGCGAGUCAAUAUGGGCAAAGGCACCCGAAGCGUGUUUUGAUGCUGAUUCACUGUGCGCUUUGUACGACAACCAGCCACCGUGUGCGCCAUUCAAGGAUCACUGGAUGCAUUUGGCUGAGUUCUCUCCCCCGCACGCUGUGACCCCUGCGCAGCCUUUGCCCCAGCAGGAUAGACUGCCAGUAAGAGAAUUCCUCGGGACAGGCCCGUACAGCGAUGGAGCCAGUCUUAUCUCGCCGUUCGAAGAAACCAUAUUUCUGUGGAGGCCAGAGAAGCAGCCCAUUCGGCAACUUUACUCAAAGGCCACCACCACCACGCAGCACAUCAUCCCACCGACGCUGUCAACCGGCACAUCGCAUCAACAGCAGUUAUUGCCCCCUCGACCUGAGGAGCAAAAAAGUGGUCAGGGACGUGAGGAUAUGGUGGCUUCGCGGAACGACCGGCAGGAGGCGGAAGUAGUGCCCUUCUGCAAUUUCCAGGUCUAUGCCGUGUAA